AUGGCGGGAAUCGCGGUGGACAGCGAGGCCUGGUUUUUGGAGAGAUGCCAGAAAGUCAAACUGAGCGAAGCCACCAUUCGCACCCUCAUCGAUGCGGGCUUCAAGAGCUUCGGGACCUUGGCUUUUGCUGUGUCAACCACACCGACGCAACUAGAUGAAGCCGAUGUGAAGCGUUGGAUAGAAAGCAUUUUCCCCCAUGACUUCCCGCCUGAUCAGUCCUCUAAAGUGAGACGUCUGAUGUUUGAAGCCCAGAACCUGAGCGUGGCCGACAUGAGGGCACGCGUGGAGCCUGCCGCUGACACAGCGGUGGUUCGUGCUAUGCCCAAUGCGGAGCGAUUGGCUCGCCAGGAAGCCUUGAAGAAGAGGGUCACGGGCCUCAUUCUCUCACCUGAAACCUUGCCUGCCCAUGCUGUCGUGGAUACUCUCGUCAAACAACUGGAGGAUGGAGUCCUUCAGUACUUGCCAGCCUACCGCAUCAUCAGCCGUGCCCAAGAAGCUCAGCAGUUGAAGAGAGACCAGCAGGUGGUGGUUGAUGGCGAAGGGAACUUGAAAAUGGCUAGCAAAGCUGAGUCCGCCACUUGUGACACGCACACUGACUUGGCUCUGCGCAAUGCUUGGACCCGUCGCUCGCUGGCCUAUGAUUUGGCGGGUCUCUGCAGCUUUCAGGUUCUUGAGGAAUGGUGUCACAAAUGCUUCCUGGCCUUGAUGAGGCCUGUGCCCAGUGGUUACUCCAAGGUAACCACUCAUCAACUCAUUGCUGCCGACAGGCACCUGUUCACGCUGGCCUCGCAUGCCCUCCUUGGCAAACUCGCCGGCGAGCCCGGCCGCGAGAAGCCUCUGGAGACCCAGAUCAAGCUGUUGUCCGAGUCCCAAGAGGUUUUGCAGUACCUAAAUGCUCUCCCUACUCCUCCUCCUUCUGCGCCCUGGCCAGGCAAGCGCAAAUGGGAUGACCCAAAAGGGGGUGAGAAGGGCGAUAAAGGGAGAGGUAAAGGUAAGGGCAAGUCGUCUAAAGGAGAGGCUCGCAAGGAGUUCACGGUGCCCGACGGCUGUGUGAGCCGCGUGAACGACAAGCCUGUAUGCUUUGCCUUUAAUCAAGGAAGGAAUCCAUCUAAACGAGAUGCCUUCCAUCGCCGGAGCUUUGGUUGCGGCGCCUGGGUGUUCGGGUCCCAGAUCGGAAUUCGUACUGACACUAAGUCUUUUCCAAAGAGCGCCGCUCUCUUUUGCCGCUAUGUUCACCAAGUGAAUCCUCAUCACACCUUUUCCAGCUUAGUCUUGCUUGAUGAUGUUCAAAGUCCGCUCCAUGUGGACUGCAAUAGCGACCGCUCUUCCUGGAAUCUUGUCAUCCCCUUGACCAGGUUCCGCAAUGGCCAAAUCUGGGAAGAAUGCGAAGGCGGGGCUGACCGCUUUGAGGACGCUUCAGGCACUUUCUGGGGGCGUCUGCAUGAGGUAUCCGCAGAGCCAGUCUUGCUUCAUGCCGCAGUGAACCGCCAUGCUGUUUUGCCUUGGCAGGGCCGCAGGGUUGUGCUGAUUGCCUUCACCCCCAGGGACAGUCCUAAGCUUCCCCCUCCCGACCGUGACUGGCUACGCUCACUUGGCUUUCGCCUACCUUCCUCGUCCGCCUUGACCAUCCCUGGCCAAACCAAGCUCUUUCUCGAGGUCUUCUCAGGCUCCGCAACCCUGGCUCGAGCCGCCCAGAGGCUCGGGUUCACUGCCGUUGCCGUCGACAACUGCCCCCGGCGCCCUCAGGUUCCUACGGUUCGCCUUGACCUUGCUUCCAGUCUGGGCCGCGAUGCCUUGUUAAAAGCCCUCGGCCUCCGUGACCCUCGGCCGCUUCGGAGUGCCGACUUUCCCCUCGGUUUGCCUCACAUCGACCCUGCAAGCGAUGAUGGUUUGCGCCUGGCCGCCGCCAAUCGUCUUUAUGACCUGGUCUUUCAUGUCCUACUUUGGUGUGCUGAGCACGAUUGUGUCUUCACUCUCGAAAACCCCACGAACUCGUGGUUCUGGAGUGUGCUAGCCUUGAAGGUCCGACAGCACGCUUCGCCCAAGGUCCGCCGAUGGUUCACUGACUUGCAUGAGAUCAUCUUCGACGCGUGUGAGCACAGUGGUGCUCGCCCAAAAUCCACCAAGCUGCUCAGCAACCGGGAUGCCUUUGGAUGCCUUCGUGCCCGCUGCAGCGGCCGUCAUGUGCAUGAACCUUGGGGCGUCAGCUGGCGCGCUGGAGGUUGGGUUUGGUCCACUCAUCUCGAGGCGCAGUAUCCUCUUGUGUUGGCGGCUCGAUGGGCUGCCUGCUUUGCGUCUGCUUGCGACGUUUCCCCUGGCCUUCCGGAAGCCCCCGACCCUCGUUUGCAGGCUCUGUCAGCCGUGGGUCGCCAAACCCGUAAGCAUAAGCCCUUGGUUUCUGAAUACAAGUUCGUGCGCAUAAUGCCGCGCGGCAAGAUUCCCUCCUCCGGUUGCAAGGUCCUCGGCGCGCCUCCCGUGCAAGGGGGUGACUCGGGGGAGGCCGCCGAAGUUUUUCCUGAAACUUCUCCAGACAGUGAGGGGCUUGGUUUGGAUAGGGGUGAAGAUUGCCAGGUUGGAUUCUACAGAGAUCCUAGUGAGUGGUUCCAGGCUGCCAAGAAAGUGUGCCACCCUCUUGACUCCGAGAACGAACUCCCAAAGGAGCUGAAGGCUUCCCUUGAGGCCAACAUGGUUGCUGAUCGCCGGGCCCUCUUUCUUCGUCGAAAACUCGCACUGAUGAAGGCAGAGAUCCUUGCCAAAAAGCUGGAACAAGACGAGAGCAAACUUCACUCAGCUAUGCCGUCGUGGAUGCAGUCUGUGAUGCAAGGCAAGAAGAUCUUACUCCUGGAAUCAUUGUUGCGGCAGCACAACUUUGACGACAUGGAGGCGAUAGAGCUUCUAAAGUCGGGUGUGAGGUUGUCGGGUGUAUCCGAAUGCCCUGCGGCCUUUGACGUCAAAGUGAAACCUGCUACGUCUACCGAAGCUGAGCUACGUCAAGUGGCUCCCUUGAAACGAGCAGCGUUACUUCUGGAAAAUCGUGUCUCCGACCCAGAGCUCGAACGCGAUUUGCUGAAGGUGACUAUGGACGAGGCAAAGGCUGGAUGGCUUCAGGGGCCGUUCAGCAGUGAAAAGGAAGUUUCAGAGCACUUGGGAAGGUCGGAUUGGAGUUUGAUGCGAAGGUUCGGCGUUCGACAAGGAGGCAAACUGAGGCCGAUUGACGAUGCCUGCGAUUCCGACUUGAACAGCACUUUCACCAGCGCCAUGAAGCUAAAGUUACAGGACGGUGACUUUUGCAUCUCUUUGGCUAUGGAAAUUGCAAAGCGCGUAGUGGGUAAGCCGGGAGUCGUGCCUAGAGAGUGGAGUGGCCGAUGCCUCGAUCUAAGUGGUGCUUAUAAACAGAUGGCAGUUUGUGAGCAACAUCGGAGCUUGUGUGUUCUUCUUCUGCGUGAUGCCGAUGGCCACCCAAUCUUUUUCAUUUCUUCAGCAUUGGUUUUCGGGGCCUCAGCUUCAGUCUAUGCCUUCUUAAGAAUAGCUCGGGCCUUGAGCUUCUUAUUGAACGUCGUGCUGGAAAUCCCUCAUGCAAACUUCUUCGACGACUUUCCAAUCCUUGUGCCUUCGGAAGAUGCCGAACAGGUGGGCCUCUUAUGCACAAAGUUCCUGCACUUGUUGGGUUGGAAACAUGCCGAAAUCGGUGAGGGUCACAAAGGCCUUCCCUUUGCGAAAUCCUUUGACGUGCUGGGCUUGCAUCUCGACGUCUCUUGCAUAUCUUCAGGGAUUUUGACGGUGGCUAACAAGCUCGGCCGGGUUGACCGACUCCUUGAGCGCCUUCGAGAGAUCCAAGAGUCAGCGGUCCUCAGCCGCCACGAGGGCCAGGUCCUUCUGGGCCUCUUGCGAUACGCGGCUGGGUUCUUCGGAGGCAGAACUUUACGCUAUGUCUGUGAGGAUUUGAAUGCCAUAGUACAUCAUGGACAUCACCCUUCCCCUGUUGCGGUCAAGAUGCUUUGUCGACGCGCCAUAACUGCAUUGGAAUCGUCCAAGCCCCUCCAGCUCAAGGCAGACAUGCCGAGCUCUCCGGUGCAUCUCUUUACAGACGGUAGCUGGGAAAAAGGUGUGGCCGGAGUUGGGGCUGUGUUUUUCGACUCACACGAUGGAUCUGCAGAAGUUUAUGGAGGCGAGAUGCCAAAGGACAUGGUCGAAUCGCUGCAACAGACAGAUGGUGAUCACUUGAUUGGACAAAUCGAAACCUACGCUGUCGUGGCCAUGCGGAUACACCUGGCUCAUCGUUUUUCAGGACGCCGGGUGAUCAUUUGGACAGACAAUGAAGGCUGUCGCUUUGGGCUCAUAAAAGGCCGCUCAAAAUCCCACACGAUGGACACGUUGAUCAGGAGCUUCGCUGCUGCCGAGGAUGCCAAUCCAAGUCAUACCUGGAUAUGUCGUGUGCCGAGUUACUCGAACAUCGCUGAUGGGCCUUCUCGGGGAAAGCCUGAGGAGGCCCUGAGAAUUUCGGGAGCUGCUGCGUGUCAGUCUUUUCCAUGGAUUCGGCAAGCAUUCGAUCUUACCUGA